AUGGCGAACUACGUGUGGAAGCUAACACGGGACCGAGAGGCCAUGGAGCUGUGUGUCCGCGGGGAGAGCGACAUGUCCGGGGACGAGAUCUCCUCCGGGAGCGAGUGGUCCUGGAGCUCCGAGGCGGAAGAGGACAUGGCCCUGGACCGGAAGGACAUCAAGAUGGAGUCCUCUGAUGUGACCUGGGAGGCGGAGUCUUCUCAGCGAGCCAGCAAGCGUCCACGUGGCGAGGAGGAGGAGACGCUCCUCAGCAGGACAAGACCACGAGGACGAGGACGGGGGAGCAGCAGCAGUCGAGCCGAGGUGUCCACCAGCACAUCUGGAGAGAGGUGGAAUGACGUGGACGUUCCAGACAUCACGCCACCGCAGCCCACCUUCUGCCCCCCCCGGGCCCCGGGACCCCAGCUCAGACGCUCAGGCACCUCCCACACGGCCCUGCAGCUGUUUCAACUCUACUUCACCAGCUCCGUUUUACAGACAAUACUUCAAAACACCAAUGACUUUGGCGCUAACUGCUCGAGCGCCACCAAGCCGUGGAGGGACCUGACGAUGGAGGACAUGUUCUCAUACAUGUCCUUGCUUAUUUACAUGGGUGUAGUGAAAUGCUCUGCGUACGGGGAUUACUGGCGACAGGAUAAACUGUACAGCCUCCCGUUCCCGAGGCGGGUGAUGAGCGGCAGGAAGUUCCUCCGGAUCUCCGGGGCGCUGCACCUCAGCAGCUUGUCGGCGGAUGCUGCUAACGAGAAGAAGAGAGGAACAGCAGCCUACGACCGACUCGGCAAAAUCCAACCACUCUACGAGGAGAUGAGGGACGCCUGCAAGAGGAACUAUCAACCCAGCCAAGACAUCGCCAUCGAUGAGCGAAUGCUUUCCACCAAAGCCAGCACGGGGACGCCAUCGAAGAAGGGCCCCAAGCUGCUCGUGCUGGCGGACUCGGCGAGCGGCUACACGUGGGACUUCUUCGUCUACGAGGGGAAGCUGCAGGGAAACAAUGGCAAUGGGGUCACUUACGAUUCUGUGAUGGCGCUCCUGGACGCACGGCUGCGCGGCUCGGGCUACAAGCUCUUUGUGGACAAUUUCUUUACAAGUCCCGCCCUUUUCCGCGACCUCCUUGAGAUGAAGGUGUGGGCGUGCGGAACCAUCCGCAAGAACCGACUCGGAGUCCCGGAAACCGAUGUCAACGCUCUGGACUCCACAUCUCCCCUGGGCAGUAUCCGGUGGAUCCGGAGGGACGCCGUCCUCUUCGUCCAGUGGCGAGACACCAAGGACUUCUUCAUGUGCUCCACCGUCCACACGGCCCACUCGGAGGACACCGUCCAGAGGAGGGUCCCAGGGACAGGUGGGCGUCGGGCACUGAAGGACAUCCCAGUUCCACCAGCGGUGAACGACUACAACCGGUCCAUGGCGGGAGUGGACUUCUCCGGCGCUCUGAUUGGAUUCUACAAAGUCCUCCACAAGUCCAACAAGUGGUACAUGAAGUUCUUCUUUCAUUUCAUGGACAUUGCGAUUGUGAAUUCCUUCCUCCUCCACAAAGACCUGGCGAGAAGCCGAGGAGACCCCCCUCUGAGGCAGAAGGAGUUCAGGGAGACCCUCAUCCAGGAGCUGGCCGAGGCGGGCUCUCCCUCCGCCUCCAUGCCCCUCCCACUUCCGGCUCCGCCCACAGCACAUCACAUGCCGGUGCACAUCUCCGGGCACAGCACCAAGGGUCGCCUGAGGUGCAGGGAGUGCAGUUUAAGGACGCCAUUGAAGUGCAGCUCCUGCGACGUGGCGUUGUGUCUCCGCCCCGGGCGCGACUGCUACAAUAAGUGGCACGACGCCAGAGAUUUGUAA